CUUAGGACGCCAACGGCAGAACAAACAGGCCCAUUGCCGUAGGUGUGGCGAUGGGUUGGACGUUAAUGGUGGUAUCUAAAGCGCAAUACGUAGCAGCAAGUAAGACGAAGCGUAUCUAGCUAGAGCUACUGUAGUACCACCACAGUCCUCCAAGUACAGAGCAAAGAACAGCGCUGCUUACUAUUACUGAUGACGCGACGCUAAACUACCAGAUCGUCCGUGCCAACUGUCUUACAAGGUUACGCUCCAAGCGUUGCAUUCUUGCUCAUGCCAAUGCGAGCAUAUGCUAUAUCGGGACCUCAGCAAAAACAUGGACCAGUUUCAAAGUACCGGUAAGCCACGCGCACAAGAAAGCUUUUUCUGGUUCAGACUUGUGAUAGAGGAUCUGGAUAUGCGUAUCUCCGGUCAAGGUUAAUAGCAGCACAAGGGAGGCACAGUUGGAUAGGACGAUAGACACUGCUAUGUAACUCGACGUAGAGGCGUUAAGUACACAUGGCGUCAUUCUCUUAGCAAGUUUCUGGCGAAUGGUACUGUUGCGUACGAUACAAUGCUUACGGAGACACUCCCCCAACAACGCUGGCCUAUUCUCAGGAUAGUGGAUUUGAGAUUAACUCUUCAACCUCCACCUGAGAAGGGAGGGGAGAAGAAAAAAGCAAAGAAAAUAAAGAGAUAAAAGGGUAAUCGCAAUAAAAGAAACGCUCAGGGGCGUUGUUUCUUCCAAAAUUAGCCAAAAGCUCAUCACCUCGGCGCCCUGUCAAAAACGCUCAUCUCGCCUGCAUGAGUUGCCAUUGGGCGGGCACUCGGCUUCACCCCGCAGCAGUGCACAAGGAAGGGCAGUAGCUUGCCUGUGGAGCCACGGCAAAGAAACCUGGCGCGUCUUUUCGCCUCGCAAAUUUCCUCGCUUGUUGCCAUUAAAGCAUCCCUUUUGUGCGCUUUGCCACAAACAGGCACGGCUUGACGUAUUCCAUCGUUAUCACUACACCGUUGUUCUAUUUUUCUUUAGUUCCUUUUUCUAGUCGGCCUGAAUUACGCGGUCGCCCUGAUUGGCCAAUUCGUCAUCGUCACAGCAUUCACCGUCUGCCGCUGCCUCGUUGAACCUGUUGGACGCAUCAUCACGUCGUUGCAACCCCAGGACAAACACAGCUUCUGCUUGCUUCACAUUGUUUGCUCCGGCAUCUCGAAUACCCUUCCCAUCCAAUAAUAGCUUCCCGCCAUAGUCAGACAGAGCGCCAAUGCCGGAAAGACAAGCCAUGUCAAGCUCAAACUCCCCGCCGUCCACCCUCAGCGGCUAUCUGGACCAGACCGUCUCGGCUCUGAGCUCUAUCGCGUCGUAUAUGCGACUGCCAGCUAUCGCCUCUACUGGCAUUGCAGCAGUCCUUACCUCUCUGCUCUACUUCAAGCAAAAAUCUCUAAUUUACCCUUCGCACAUGCCUCCCAACUCAAGAACGGAGGUGCCACGCCCAACACAAUUUGGUAUCAGGGAUUUCGAAGAGCUUGUCAUCCCAACUGAUGACGGUGAGAAGCUCUCUGCAUAUUACAUUCGUGGUCCGAAGGGGCACCCUAAUAGCAAUGUCACCAUGCUCAUGUUCCACGGUAAUGCUGGUAACAUUGGCCACCGCCUUCCCAUUGCCCGGAUGAUCAUCAACAUGAUUGGCUGUAAUGUCUUCAUGUUGGAGUACAGAGGCUACGGUAUGUCUACGGGCGAGCCGGACGAAGACGGCAUUAACGUAGAUGCCGAGACUGCGCUGCGAUACCUGCGCGAUCGGGCAGAAACAAGCAAGCACAAGUUUAUUGUGUUCGGCCAAAGCUUGGGUGGCGCUGUCAGCAUCCGCCUCGUCGCAAAGCACAACCGUGGCGACAUUGCCGGUCUUGUUCUUGAGAACACCUUCUUGUCCAUGCGCAAGCUUAUUCCCUCCGUGAUCCCCCCCGCCAAGUUUCUUACUCUGCUCUGCCACCAAGUCUGGCCCAGUGAGAGUCUUCUCCCCACCAUUACGAAUGUCCCCAUUCUCUUUCUGAGUGGUCUCCAAGACGAGAUUGUCCCGUGAGUAUAUGGUCUUUUGUUAUCCCUCUUUUUGAAACCCUUUGAUGCAUUGUCUCUGCACACACACCCCUCCCGUUCGCUUUUUAUGAUGAUCAUAUUCACCCACAAAAUAUGAACCCUUUGCGGCUCUGAUUUGACAAUGAAUACCAUAUCUGAACAACGCGAUAACCCGCAUCUUCAAUACCAAUCACAAAUCAUGCACUCGGAAACAUUACUAAUUCCUAAACGUGUAGGCCUGCACAUAUGCGUCAACUCUACGAGAUUUCUACAUCCUCGCACAAAGUCUGGAAACCCUUCCCAGGUGGCGAUCACAACUCCAGCGUUGUUGAGCCUGGCUACUUUGAGGCGGUGGCCGACUUUGUGAAUGAUGUCACCGAGUUGGAGAAGUCGAAAGAACGCUCGUAAACAUUUUAUUAUUUUUGCAUCAUCAUGAGACCCAGCAACGAGGCUUGGACGAGGAGGAGGGAAAGGGCGGCGCUGAGAAAGCGUCCACGCCCUUGUGAUUUGAUACCCACUUUGCCGUUUGGUUUUCGCAAACUUGCAUUUUCUUCUUUAGCAAGUAUUGUUGUUCAUCCCUUUUUUUCACGAGGCGUUACUUUACGAUUCUUAUCCAACGGUUGGCGCAUGCUCUUCUCAUACUUAGCAAUAGCAAAGCACCUCAGCUUGCGGGCGGCGCCACAUAUGCCGCUUCCCGCGAGCUUGUCCCGUGUGCACACCAUAAUCAAGAAACAAAGGGCUCCCGAAGAGGGUGGCUAGUUCAUUUCCAACCAACUGGCGUUCAUGGUUCCGAGAAAGUGACUGUAAAAAGGCUGUUUAAAUGCCUCUAUCGCGCCAUCCACAAUGCCUCUCAUCGCUGAGACAUGCAUGGCAGCCGUGUGGCGCAGAGAGAGCGCAGGGAGCCAUGUGACGUGCAUAGGAUCGCUUCCACUCCGCCAUUCGAUUAGUCGCGUGAUCUGUGCCGCACUAUUUUCCGCGGUACCAUGAUAGGAAGAGAUUUUGCAAAGGGUGUAGUAGACUAACAGGUGUGUGUGGGCUCGUAUGUUUAGUUGGACUACAGGCGGUGUGAUGGAUGUAAUCGUAGCGGUUUGUGAGCCGAUCUGAUAGUGAUGCUUGAUCAAGGCACAGAGAACAACACCAAGGUCAGAGAGACAGAUGGAAUUGCUUUCUGAGUUUUUUUAUAUUAAUUCGAGUUUUAAAUAUACCGUUAUUUUGUUUGAAACUGUGAACUUUUAUAUAAGUGUGAUGCGAGUAUACACAUCCAUGUGAAAUAAAAACCAAGCUUGCUUAGCAUUCAACAUCACCUCCCAGCGUAGACCAGCUUGAUUUCGAGGGCUCUAUCUUCUUCUUCUUCAGACCAAGGAGCUUUCGGCCGGAUCCUCGUGCAGUAGGCUCUUCAGGUAGUGCAGGUUCCUUGUUGGCAGCGCGGCCGGCGACUGCGCUCCAGCCAGACGUAUCCGAGUUUCUUAUAUCCUCGCGGCGAGUGAUAUGGUUGUCGGAAUCGGCGUGGCAUAGAAGAACAUUGCCAGCAAGCUCUAGACGGCGGACUGCAGUGACAACGUGGGACUUCAUAUCGGCCAGAGCUUUACCAACGCCAGCGGGAGACAGGAACGAGGAGUACUGCACCGUAGCGCGCAUGAGGACUUCGUCCGUGCCAAGGAACUCAAUGUGGAAAUUGAGAGAGGGCUGCUGGGAGAAGCUUGAGAUCAUGGCAGUUGUCACUUCGUCCAUGGUGAGGCCGAAUUUCGGCGCCGUUAGCAAGAUACCAUUGAACGGGUCCAGGGCUGGCAUGGGAGGAGGGCUGGGUCCUCUAGAAGCAGCGGCAGAAGCUGCUGCUUCAGCUGCCUGAGUAGCACGGAUCUUUACACACUGGCCGAGAGUCUUGCUGGGCGCAGAAACAAAUCUGGGGCCCUUGAAGACAACGACGUAGCGGUACGGUUCUGCGUCUUCGCUACGACCUUCAAGACCGUAGUCUUCGGCAAGGACGUGCAAGAACUGACGUUGAGUCUUGUUCAUGGGCUUGAAGCGUAGUCUUAUCUCAUUAGCAGCAUUGGCAAAGACGCGGAAUUCUCGCUCUUGGACUUCGCACCACGAGGUAGUGUCCUGGUAAAGGCGAAGAGUGACAUCAGCGUAGGGGACGUGGUCGUUCGCAUGGCUGGCUGGAUCGAUAUUGAGAGCUGCGGCAAGGCGCCUGUUUCGUUCAAGGCGAAGACAUUCGUCGUCGCACUUGAUCUCCAGGCGAGUUGGCUCAGGGUUAGAACUGCUUGCGAGGCAUCGCACUUCCUGUGUUCGGAUUCCGCAGGGGCAUGAUAUCGUGGCUUUUGCUGUGCAGGCAGCGGUUUCGUUGCAG